GAAGGGAGAGGCAGGGUACAGCCAGGGAGGGAGCAGGCAGGGAGCAGGCAGGCCGGGGCCGGGUGUCCGGUGAGGGCAGCGGCAGCCCCGAGCUCCCCGCUCUUUCCGCCCGCGGCAGCGCCCAGAGCCCGCCCCGGCCGGGGCCGGACCCGGACGUCCGAGAGCGGCUCAGCUUCGCUUUCGCUUCGAUCUGCUCUGCCGGGGCGGCGUGGGCCCGGGGCCGGCGGGGAACGAACGGGCUGUGGCCCGAUCGCCGCCCCACGGAGGGACGGAGAGGGCUCCGGGCACAGGCCUCCCCAGAGCCCAUAGAUGUCUCCGCGCCUGCUCCGGGCGGUGGGCUGGUGCUCGGCGGCCGUGCUGGGACUGCUGACGGUGGUCGUCUUCGUCCUAGUCCUGGUCCCGGCCAAGGAUGCUGUCCUUCCUACCAGAAUCAAAUACGGUCUGGUGUUUGAUGCUGGCUCCACACACACGUCCCUCUACAUCUACCGGUGGCCCGCAGACAAGGAGAAUGACACCGGCAUUGUGUCCCAGGUGGAAGCCUGCUCUGUGUCUGGUGAGUGCCAGGAUCUGCCCUCCCUCUCUCCCAGCCUCCUGGGGGUAAAACAGGGAGCCAGGAGCACGUGGAAGGUGCCCCUGGGGCCCCAAACUCCUUGCGGGAAGGGAGUGGGAGUGCCUGCAGUUCAGCCUAACCCUCGCUGCGUGUUGGGCCAGUUCUCGUUUGCAGAGAAGUGGGAACAUCCCCAGGACGCCGAGGUUCUGGGAGCUCUGGACCUUGGCGGUGCCUCGACGCAGAUCACCUUCCAGCCCGGGGUCCCCAUAGAGGACAGGAACACGUCCGUGUUCUUCCGGCUCUACGGCACCAACUACUCCCUGUACAGCCACAGCUACCUGUGCUACGGGCAGAGCCAGGCCCUGAAGAUGCUGCUGGCAGCUCUGCACCAGGCCAGCUCGAGUGCCCAGAUCCUUCACCCCUGCUACCCGCAGGGGUACCAGGAGAACAUCACCGUGGCAGAGCUCUACGACAGCCCCUGCGUGCGUGCGCCAAGCUCAGCCAGCCCUGGCCCUGUCCUCACGGUGACGGGGACAGGGGACCCAGCCGCGUGUGGCACGGCCGUCCGGAGACUCUUCAACUUCAGCUGCAGGGCGCGGGGGCCGUGCGGGUUCAAUGGGGUCUAUCAGCCCCCCGUGCGGGGACAGUUCUUCGCCUUCUCGGGGUUUUAUCACAGCCUUCACUUUCUGAACCUGACAGGAGGGCAGUCCCUGAGCAUGGUCAAUGCCACCAUCAGGCAGAUAUGCAACAGCAGCUGGAGACAGGUGCAGGAGUUGUUCCCCAGGGCAAGCAGAACCCAGCUCCGUGAUGCCUGCGCAGCCAGCUCCUACACCCUCACCCUCCUUCUGCAAGGCUACAAAUUCAACGUCACAACAUGGCCUAGCAUCCACUUCAUCCGGCAGGUUGCUAACGUAGAGGUGGGCUGGACUCUGGGCUACAUGCUCAAUCUCACCAACAUGAUCCCCUCGGAGCCUCCCACAGCAGUCACAGAGCUCCCGAGAAGCAUCUGGAUAGCAGCCACAGUUCUGCUGGCCAUCAUGCUCAUCCUCACCUUCUGCCUGCUCACAGCCACUUGCUGCCACAGAAACUCCUCGGGCUAUGAGCAGCUGUAACAGCGCUGCCUCCAGAGGCUGCCAGGCCACAAGUCCUGCUGCCACACCUCUGCAAGGAGCUGCAUCACCCCUGUGUGCCCAGGGGCCACGGACUUGUCCUGGGGGGCCCUGAGUCCUGGCCUGGUGAGCUGGAACUGGCACAGCUGUAAAACACCCUCCCCAUAGCUGUGUGCUCUCUGGCUCUCCUUUCCCUGCAGUCCAGGAGGGAGGGCUUGGCCAUGUGGGGCAGGGGCUCAGCACUGGGGCCUGGGGACCACCGACUGAGGGGGUCUGGCAGCAGUGGGACUGUCACAGAGCUGGUUACAGCCCACAGCAGAAACCCUGGGUGGGACACACACGUCCUGCCCCAUCCCAUGGCCAGUGCCAGUCCCAGGGGCCGUGGCUUUGGGGAUGUUUGGGGCGCUGGCCUGGUAGACAGGGCUCUGCCUAGGACUGGGAAACCCUGUGAGGGGGGGAUGGCACAGCUCCCUCCUGUCCUGCAUGAGGUUCCUCUCCAGUCCAGCUGCACCCCAUGCCCCAUGCCUGGCAGACAGGUCAUCCUCCCUUUCCAACACAGGGUGACUUGGCAACACUGCUGGGUCAUGGCAGAGGCAACUCCCAGGGCCCCCCAUACAUUUUUUGAGAGUCCUAUUGGCAGCCAAGUGAUGGGUGAGUUGAGACACCUCCUCAGAGAAGGAAAAGGCCUGUCCUUGUGCCCUGUUGGCUCCACUCUGAGGUCCAGCAGACACCUCAGUGUCUGCAGGGACACCUCCCAUAGAUUCAUUGCCUCACCCCUGAGUCUCUGUCAUCACCAGUCCUUACUUGGGAGACAGAAGUAAUAAAGUCACAACAAUUUGGGAGCAGAGUA